UUUCAGAGACACAAGGAGAGCCAGAGUGAUACACGUUCACCCAUUAUUCCUACUAAAUUAAUUUCUAGAAUAAUCUAAUAAAAUUUUCAACUUUUUGUAUUUAACAACUCAGGCCUCAAGUUCAGUCCACCAUUAUAAUAAAGUUUUCAACAGUCUCACGUUUCUCACUUUUCUUUAGUUUGAGCUGUGAAAGAAGCAGCCAUGGAAGCUCUCGGAGCUUCCGCAGUUCCUUCUUUUCACAUCCGAACAACACUCGAUAAAACCAAAUUGAGAAGGCCCAUGUUCUUAAAUUUUCAUUCCAAUCCAACACCCAGUUCAGCUUUCUCAUUAGUCCACAAAAAACAAUCAAAAUUCAAGGUUUUUAACACCAUAUCAUCCACGGUUUCAACGAAACCCACAAACCCACCUGAGUCAGCCCUUGAAACUCACAGUCAAGGUGAGAAAUUUGAUUGGUAUUCACAAUGGUACCCUGUUAUGCCAAUCUGGGACCUGGACAAGAGGAGGCCACAUGCAAAAAAGGUGAUAGGUCUUGAUGUGGUUGUGUGGUGGGAUAGGAAUGAGGAAACUUGGAAAGUGUUUGAUGAUAGGUGUCCUCAUCGGCUGGCUCCAUUGUCUGAAGGGAGGAUUGAUCAGUGGGGCAGGUUGCAGUGUGUGUACCAUGGUUGGUGUUUUAAUGGUUCUGGCAACUGCAAGUUCAUCCCUCAAGCAAAUCCUGAUGGCCCUCCGGUGCACACAGCCAAGAAAGCAUGUGUAGCUGUUUAUCCAAGUACUGUGCAGAACAAAAUAGUUUGGUUUUGGCCAAACUUGGAUCCUCGAUACAAAGAUAUUCUUGUGGAGAAGAAACCCCCCUACAUCCCAGAAAUAGAUGAUCCUUCAUAUACUAACUUAAUGGGAAAUAGAGAUAUUCCUUAUGGAUAUGAGAUAUUGAUUGAGAAUCUUAUGGACCCUGCUCAUGUUCCUUAUGCGCAUCAUGGAAUAUUGGAAAUUCUACCAUCCAAAAACAGGGUGAAGGCUGAUAGAGAGGGGGGCACACCACUUGAAUUUAUGAUUGAAAAGUUAGACAUCAAUGGGUUCAAUACAGUUCAGUUUCAGGAAUGGAACAGAACCAAUUUUAUUGCCCCAUACCUGUUUUGUGCAUGUCUUAAGCCUGGGGAUCAAGCUAAUGGAUCUGAAUCAUCAGCUGGAACUAGAAAGGAUACAUCUGUGCAGAAGGAAUUUUUUUUUAUUUUUUUUUGCAUUCCAGUUAGUCCAGGGAGUAGCAGAUUGAUAUGGAGCUUCCCAAGAAACUAUGGUUAUUGGAUUUAUAAACUUGUGCCACGAUGGAUAUUUGAUAUAAAACAAAACUUGAUUAUAGAUUCUGAUUUAUAUCUUCUACACAUUGAGGAGCAUAAGAUAAUGGAUGUUGGUCCUGCCAAUUGGCAGAAAGCCUGUUUUGUGCCAACAAAAUCAGAUGCACUUGUGAUUGGAUUUAGAAAAUGGCUAAACAAGUAUGCUGGUGGUCAAGUUGAUUGGAGAGGCAAGUACAGUGGAGUUCUUCCCCCAACUCCUCCUAGAGAGCAGCUGAUGGACAGGUACUGGUCCCAUGUGGUGAACUGCACUAGUUGCAAUGCAGCAUACAAAGGUUUCAAUGUACUUGAAGUUGUCCUCCGAGUAGUUUCUGUUGCUUCAAUUGCGAUUGCUGCUGCAGCCAAGCAAGGUGUAAUCUCAGCAGCCACAAGAACCUCAAUGGUUUUGAUGGCAGUACUAUUCUAUGCAUCUUCAAGAUGUUUGGCUCGCUUCAUCUACAAAAACUUUCAUUACCAUGACUACGAUCAUGCUUUUCGCUGAUGCUAUUCUAACUUACUGUCCAACCUUAAAACACCAUAUUCAAUGGUGUAAAUAUGGCUUCAGCAUAAAUGUGUGUACAAUAAAGGUUAAUGAAACUUGCAUAAAGAAAAAUUUGACA